AUGUCACCAUUUCGACUUACCUUUGACUUACUGAAUGGUCACAGCAAUACCAUCAAUGUACUGGCAUUCUCAUCAUGUGGGUCAUAUUUGGCCAGCAGCAGGGAGGACAAGCUACUCAUAAUAUGGAGAGUGUCAGACAGCAUGCUCUUAUAUGUGCCAGCAUUUGAAAGUCCCAUCACUGCACUUGUGUGGCAUCCUAAUGCCCCUGCUAUCCUGUUCUGUGGGUGUAAAAAUGGAGCAGUAUUGUGGCUCAAGAACUUCAGUGAAGUAGGUGUUAGGCCUGAUCUAUCUAUCUUGUUUGGUGUCCAAGGCCAAGUGCAUUGCAUAGAUUAUGACUCUCAUUUGCGAUGCUUGGCCAUGGGUAUGGGCCAAUUAAUACUGGUGUCAGCAGAAACACCCACAGGUGUGUGCACUUCACUGGCACUAAUGACUAUUAUCUAA